CCCUCAAACAUGGCGCUGCUCCUCAGAUUUGUUUCGUCCUCGUCAGUCGGGGGAGGAGAAACAGACGCGGGUAGAAAAAUCUGCCCCAACCGUUUUUAACUUUUCUCUUAUUUGUAAACUAACUAACUUCGCGGCGCGUGACCAGCGGAUACUUUUACGCACGACGGUUAAAGGAGAAGUCCACGCGCCAGAGAGCUGCCCACCUGUGUGUGUGUGUGUGUUUGUGUGUGACGAUGUGACUGCGCUGAUUGACGCGGAGCAGCGGAGCAGACAGGCGGGUCACUGAGCUCACAGCUGCCGCUGGAAGAACCAUGCGCAGCGGCGUGAGGACCAGCGACACCGCGGCCACACAGGACUGAAGUUUCCACAGCACGCGACGACUUUUCCACGCACGAGGAAGAGGAUGAUGAUGGAGGGAGAACACGCAGAGAGGGAGAGAGAGAGGCUGCCGCCGAUCUACAGCAGCACCGCGCCAGCUGGUUUGGGGGGCGGAGCCAAGCAGCCUCUUCCAUCUCUCAGCAGCUUCAUCUCCACGUUAAGCCAGAGGAGGGACGUGGGGGGGCGGGGCUUUGACGGCAGCGGCGUGAUGGGCACAAGCCUGGGACUCAGACACGGGAGAGAACUUCCUCCCAUCUGCAGCGGCGUUCGUCAGAAGCAGCGUCUCUGCAUCCAAACGCUGCCCCCGGAGGCCAAAGCUCCGUUCCCCUGCGAGCCAGUCGUCCCUCUGCGAACCAAGACCACCAAAGACUUUCAAGAGGACAUGGACCGAGCCGUCCAAUCAGGCGACUGGAGGGAGGUCCGAGACUUUUACCUAACCACGUUUAACUCCUUCAUUGAACUCAACGCCGCCUUUAAGCGAGAGGCGAACGGAUUGUUCAACACCAUUGAAGAUUCAGGAAUCAACGUCAAGUUUGUCAACACUGUUUAUGACACACUGAUCAACACAUGUCUGUCAAGCAGUUUGGAUGGGAAGUGUCGGUGCAAAGCCAUUUUCAGAUCUCUCCAGAGAAGUUCAAUCGGAUUCACAUCUGGGCUCUGGCUGGGCCACUCAAGGACAUUCACAGAGUUGUCCUGAAACCACUCCUUUGAUAUCUUGGCUGUUUGCUUAGGGUCGUAAGAUAAACCGUCGCCCCAGUCUGAGGUCAAGAGUGCUCUGGAGCAGGUUUUCAUCCAGGAUGUGUCUGUACAUUGCUUUAUCUUUCCCUCUAUCCUGACGAGUCUCCCAGUUCCUGCUGCUGAAAAACAUCCCCACACGAUGCUGCCACCACGUGCCUCACUGUCGGGAUGGUAUUGGCGUGGUGAUGAGCGGUGCCUGGUUCCCUCCAAACAUAACGCCUGGAAUUCACACUAAAGAGUUCACUCUUUGUCUCAUCAGACCAGAGGAUUUUGUUUCUCAUGGUCUGAGAGUCCUUCAGGUGCCUUUUGGCAAACUCCAGGCGGGUUGCCAUGUGCCUUUUAGUAAGGAGUGGCUUCCGUCUGUCCACUCUACCAUACAGGCCUGAUUGGUGGAUUGCUGCAGAGAUGGUUGUCCUUCUGGAAGGUUCUCCUCUCUCCACAGAGGAACUCUGGCGCUCUGACAGAGUGACCAUCGGGUUCUUGGUCACCUCCCUGACUAAGGGCCUUCUCCCCCGAUCGCUCAGUGUAGAUGGCUGGCCAGCUCUAGGAAGAGUCCUGGUGUUUCGGAACUUCUUCCACUUACGGAUGAUGGAGGCCACUGUGCUCAUUGGGACCUUCAAAGCAGCAGAAAUGUUUCUGUAACCUUCUCCAGAUUUGUGCCAUCCUGUCUCGGAGGUCUACAGGCAAUUGAUUUGACUUCCUGCUUGGUUUGUGCUGUGACAUGCACUGUACACUGUGGGACCUUAUAUAGACAGGCGUGUGCCUUUCCAAAUUAUGUCCCAUCAACUGAAUUUACCACAGGUGGACUCCAGUGAAGCUGCAGAAACAUCUCAAGGAUGAUCAGUGGAAACAGAAUGAAACUGAGCUCAAUUUUGAGCUUCAUGGCAAAGGCUGUGAAUACUUACGUACAUGUGGUUCCUCAGUUUUUUUAAUUUUUAAUAAAUGGGCAAAAAUGUAAAAAAAAAAACGUUUUUCACAUUGUCAUUAGGGGUGUUGUGUGUAGAAUUUUGAGGAUAAAAAAAAACUUAAUCCAUUCUGGAAUAAGGCUGUAACAUAAAAAAAUGUGGAAAGUGAAGCUUUGAAUACUUAACAGAUACACAAACACACACACACACACACACACACGUGGUAGUUGAUGAUAU